AUGGUGUAUGCAUCAGACUUACAGCCCCGUAAAGGGUCCAACUCUAUCUAUCUGCGGUGGACCUUGCCUCAAUCGUCCUUCGAUCUCGAAUACGACUCUGACGGUGAUCUUGUUCGCUCUGUGAAGUCCCAUGAGCUUUACUACUCUGUUCAGUGUGACUCUGAGUGUACAGAUUUGGACAGCGUAGGCGAUCAACUCUGGAACGGUGCACUGUUCCUAGGCUGCUAUCUGGUGGAGAACCCAUUCCUGGUAGAGGGCAUUGCAGUAUUGGAGCUGGCCUGCGGGGUCGGCGCUUUGGGUGGUCUCUAUCAAGCCUUGUGUGUCCAACGAGCUGUAUUAACGGAUUUUUCACGAGCUGCUCUGUCCCUGUGUGAUACCAACAAUGUGGACAACGAUAAAGUUGCGGUCAGACGGCUCGACUUCAAGGAUCCUGAUACGUACUUCGACGCCCUCGAUGAGGACAUUGGGUUGAUAUUAGCUGCUGACGU